AACAAAUUAAAAACAAUUUUAUUUAAAAAAAAUUUUAACAAAAAAUUUUUCCAAACUCAAUUUAUUAAAAGGAUUUGAAAGCGAAUAAUUUUUUAACAACCAAAAAAACUAAAAAACAAACAAACAACUCCCACAACAACAACAACAACCAAAACUUUAACCCCAAAAAUCGUUUAACCGACAUACACACACAUUCACACACACAAUGGAGCAUUUAAUGACUGCCUUUAUGCCACCAGCCUAUUUGUUGGGUCAUCCUACAGCCUCUGCGCUAUCCUCUUCUUCGGCCACCACCUCUCCGGCUACAUCACCCACAGCCAAUUCCUCUGGCCUUAGUAAGCCCAAGAGAUGGGGUUCACCACCCGUUAAUAUGGGAGGACAAUUUAUUAAUCCUGCUACUGGUAAAAAACGUGUACAAUGCAGCAUCUGUUUUAAGACUUUCUGUGACAAGGGCGCUUUAAAGAUACACUUCUCCGCAGUACAUCUUAGAGAAAUGCAUAAAUGCACAGUGGAGGGCUGCAACAUGGUUUUCUCUUCGCGGCGCUCACGCAACAGACACAGUGCUAAUCCCAAUCCUAAACUGCAUUCUCCUCACAUACGCCGCAAGAUUUCUCCCCAUGAUGGUCGUACCGCCCAACAGUUCCCUCUCUUUCCCAUGGCUCCUGCUGGUAUCUUGCCCCCUGCUGCUGCUAUGCCUGCUUUUCCUGGUUUAAUGCCUCCACAGGGUAAUGCUUUUGCUCCUCAUCCUGCCGCCAUGUUUGGUGAUUUCUCCAGUCCUCAAUUCCAACAUAUGCUAGCCAGCCAAGAAAGACUAUUGGGAGCCCAGCAUUCGUCACACUCUAGUGGUGCUUCCAAUGCCUCCGAUAAUGAUGAUGAUGAGGGUUAUGUACUCGAUGUUCAGGGUUCAAAUGCUAGUCAGGGUAGUCACAGUGAUGUGGAUGAAUAUUGUCGUGAGGUCGAUGAGGAAGACAAUGAAGAAGAUGAAUUGAUAUCGGUCUCCAUAGAAGAUGAAGUCAAACCUUUAGCUACAGCCAUGCAUUCGGAGGAUUCCAAUGAACCUUUAGAUUUCAGCUUACACAAACGUUCCCUGGAUUCAAUGUCAGCCGCCGAAAGACUUAUGGCUAGUCCCAGCAGCAACUGCUCAAGUUUACCAAAACCCUCCAAUAGCUUUUCCAUGGACAGUUUGUUAGGCAAAAGAAAAAGAUCCUGCAGUGAGUCAGAAAUGUCUUGUGAUAACUCAUCUCCCGUAACCAUUAAAAUGGAAAAUGAGGAAGAAGACAGCAACUGUUUGGAUCUCUCUGCCUCACAGGCCAGUAAAAAAGUGCAAACUGUACCCUCCGCCCAUUCAUCACCCCUCUCCCCUGAAGAGCAACAUCUAAGAUUAUUGCAAUCACAAAUGUUUGCUGCAGCCGCCGCAGCAGCUGCUGCUCAAACACAAAAUCCUGAAGGCACAGAAAAUACCGCCAAUUCACCUCCUCCCAUGUGGAAUCUACUCUCCGAGGUAUAUCGUUCCAUGCUUUUGAACAGCAGCUCAACUCUUAAAACACAACAGCAACAACAACAGCAGCAAUACAAUGAAAUGUCUACGAAUGCCAUUUCGGUAUAAAUGCACAAAUAAGGGUUAAAAUCACAAAAACCCUUGAAAAAAAACUCCUCACACAAACUCGCUUUAGGUUGUUACCUCAAAAUGUUAACUUGUUGUAAAAUUCUCAUUAUUUUUAUUAUUAAAUAUAAAAUAAUUUGUAAAUGUAUAUAAAACUACAUUUUAAGUAAAACAAAAACAAAUUUUAUAUGUAAAUAUUCCCUCACAAAAGAAAAAAGAAAUCAUCAUAUUACCUACAAAAGUAUUCAGCAAUAUUUAAUUUAAUUUUACAAAUUUUAUUUUUUUAAACUAUUUUUUAUAAAAAUUUAUCUCUCUCUUUAAAUCUCGCCCUAGUGCAAUACUUUGUAAAAAAUUAA